ACAAUUUUUGUCCUAACUUUAUACACUUACAACAUUGUGCUAUUUUUGGUCCUAACUGCAUGCACCUAAAGCAUUGAAUUAUUUUUGGUGUAGUAGGUUUGGAAAUAAUUUAUUUACGAUGAGUAUAGUGGAGAUAAGUGAAGGGGUGUUAGAGGGGGAGCUAUUGGAAAACCCUUUCGGUGGGCAGUUCCACAGUUUUAAGGGAAUACCGUACGCUGCGCCCCCUGUCGGAGAUUUGAGGUUUAGAGCGCCACAAUCACCGGAACCAUGGGAAGGGGUCCGCAGCGCCACAGAAUUCGGUUCAAUCUGUUACCAAAUAGAUCUCCUCACGGACCCAACUCCGAAAGGAAGCGAGGACUGCCUUUACCUCAACGUAUAUACCCCUGACUUGGAGCCAGCUGAACCUUUGCCUGUCAUGGUCUGGAUUCACGGCGGAGGCUUUGUCUUCGGCAGCGGAAACGAUGAUAACUAUGGCCCAGAAUUCCUCGUAAGACAUGAUGUCGUACUUGUAACUUUCAAUUACAGACUUGAGGUGCUCGGUUUUCUCUGCUUGGACACCGAAGAAGUACCUGGAAACGCUGGAAUGAAGGACCAAGUCGCAGCUUUGCGUUGGGUCCAGAAGAAUAUCAGCCAAUUUGGUGGAGAUCCUGAGAACGUUACAAUUUUUGGUGAAAGCGUCGGUGGAGCGAGUGUCAGUUUUCAUCUCGUUUCGCCGAUGUCAAAGGGUUUGUUCAAGCGGGCAAUAGCCAUGAGCAGUCAUAUGAGUUGUUACUGGGCCAAUACAACUCGGCCUGUGCUGCGAGCGAAUACUUUGGCGCAACAAUUAGGUUGCGACUCUUCAGACCCUGAAGAAAUCGGAUUAUUUUUGAAAGAUCAGCCUGUUACUUCGCUAGUCAAUUGCGCACAUCCUGUAUACUUUCAUGAGAAACUUGGGGUCUUUUUGCCAAUACCAUUGUUUUCUGUGGUCUCCGAGAAACAAUUCGGUGAUAAUGAGAGGUUUUUUGAAGGAGACCCAUUGGAAGCGCUGCAAAACGGAAUACAUGAAGGAGUUGAGGUGAUAUCUGGUUUUGUGGAACAUGAAGGUGUCUUUAGCAUGAAACUUAGGGGGGGAUACGAUCAUGUCAAGGAAUUAUCAAAGUUUCUUGAAUUUUACGUGCCGAUGAAAAUGAGGUUUAACUGCGGAUUGAAAACUCAGAUGGAAGCAGCUAUGCAAAUAAAAGAAUUUUACGAGAAUGGGAGCACUGAUCCGAAUGUAUUGAUGCGUUUUUGUUCUUUUGAAGAUUUUCAGUAUGGUGUCAUUCAGUGGCAAAGGGUAUGUGCAAAAUCAAGCCCAAACAAGUUUUAUUUCUAUAAAUUCUGCUGCAAGUCCGAGAGGAAUCUGAUGACUUAUGGACUUGGCCUGAAUGAAUUAUUUGGGAAUGAGCCGAAAGUGUGUCACGGUGAUGAUCUGGGGUACUUGUUCCCCCUUAAAGGUUUUAACCUGACUGUCGAUCCUGAAUCUGCAACCUUUAAAAUGAUAGAUAAUGUCACCAAAAUGUGGACGAACUUUGCAAAAUGCGGGAACCCAACACCUGACGACAGUCUUGGAGUACGCUGGCCAGAAUACACUACAGACGGGGAAGAAUAUCUGGAAAUCGGCGAAGAACUGACGCCAUCAUCAGCCGUGCUGAAGGAAGAGGUGGAACUGUAUGAGAAUAUCUUCUCGAAGUUUCUGCCGAAUCAACUCGGGUCGUACCCGACUUUUAUGAUUAACUCGAUUGCGUCGUUGAUCAAGAGCUAAGCUUAGUGCACGUUUAGAUGAAAGAUACAUUUUUUCAGCACUUUACUCAAAUAAGAAACACUAUAUGUAGGGCGGCAGGGUACGACGAUUUCACAAAUAUGUAGCUACACAUAGUAUAGUAAAAAUUUAGAUAUUUGACAUGUCUCCACUGCACUUUAUAGGCAACAUUACACACCUACUAUUAAGUACAUAUAUUAUAUAGGUACUCUG